UGGAGGAUGGUGUUUCUCACGCUCCUCGCAUGCGCGUCUGAAUAGCCUUAAACACUCGUCUCCUUGUGGUGUAACGAACGCCCCAAACUCCCGCGUCCAUGCAAUUCCGAAGAAAACUCCAUAACUUUCUCUCUGUAUUCAUCUCCGAAUUGUAUUUGUAAUUGUAUGCAAUCCAAUCCCUAUCUACAUUUUAUUUUGUUGUACAUUUUAUUCAUUAUUUUCCUUUAAUUACUCUAUUAUUAAUGUUAUUCUCUCUCCUGGUCCUUUAUAACUCUAUUUAUAGUAAAUUCUCAAUCGAGAAGGAAAAAGGGUUAAUUUCUCUCUCUGUAUUUAGUACACAAUCAAAUGUCAAAUAUGAAUACCGAGCGGAAACGGCACUUUGAUUAUUUUCACAUCUCUUUCUCUCUCUAAGAUUUCUCUCUCUCUGAAAGUAUCAUUUCUGGUUUGCAUUGCUGUGGUGCUGCAAUUUUCCGGCAAUGGCGGUUCCUCCGACGGUCCCCGCCGCUCCGGCGUCGCUCUACGUCGGCGACCUCCACCACGACGUCACUGACGGACAGCUCUUCGACGCGUUCUCCGAGUUCAAGAGCCUCGUGUCCGUGCGCGUCUGCCGAGACUCGUCGACCGGACGGUCUCUCUGUUAUGGCUACGUCAACUUCGUCUCUCCUCAAGACGCGGUUCGUGCUAUUGAAAAGAAAAAUAACUCUACCCUGAACGGAAAAGUGAUAAGGGUACUGUGGUCACACCGUGAUCCUGAUGCGAGGAAGAGUGGAGUUGGGAAUGUGUUUGUCAAGAAUUUGGGUGAGUCCAUUGAUAAUGGGAAGCUUCAUGAAAUGUUUCAAAAGUUUGGGACCAUCUUGUCUUGCAAAGUUGCCAUGUCUGAGGAAGGGAAGAGCAAAGGAUACGGCUUUGUCCAAUUUGAGACCGAGGAAUCUGCAAAUGCUUCCAUUGAGGAGCUUAAUGGCUCUACUGUUGAAGGCAAACAGAUGUAUGCUGGUAAGUUUGUGAAAAGAAGUGAUCGGGUUUUACCUAGUCCCGAUGCUAAAUACACAAAUCUAUUCAUAAAGAAUUUGGAUCUGGAUGUCACGGAAGAACUUCUUAAGGAGAAGUUCUCCGAGUUUGGGAAAAUUCUUAGCCUAGUAAUCUCAAAGGACGAAAAUGGGGCCUCAAGAGGAUUCGGAUUCGUGAACUUUGAUAGCCCAGAUGAUGCGAAGAGGGCAUCGGAAGCUAUGAAUGGAUCUCAACUUGGCUCCAAGGUUUUGUAUGUAGCUAGGGCACAGAAGAAAGCAGAACGUGAGCAAAUUUUACGUCGUCAGUUUGAGGAGAAACGGAAGGAGCAAAUACUGAAAUACCAGGGUUCUAACAUCUAUGUAAAGAAUAUUGAUGAUGAUAUCACUGAUGAUGAGCUGCGAGAAAACUUUAGUCAGUGUGGCACCAUCACUUCUGCAAAACUUAUGCGAGAUGACAAAGGUAUCAGUAAGGGGUUUGGAUUUGUCUGUUUCUCUACGCCGGAGGAGGCCAAUAAUGCUGUGAAUACUUUUCAUGGAUACAUGUUUCGUCGAAAGCCACUAUAUGUGGCCAUUGCUCAAAGGAAAGAGGACAGGCAUGCCCAAUUACAGAUUCAUUAUGCGCAGCGUAUGGCAGGACUAGUGGGUGCUUCGGCUAUUAUUCCUGAGGGAUAUCCUCCUCUUUACUAUGCAGCUCCUCCUGGUGGUUUUUCACAGGUACCUCCACGACCAGGGUUGAUGUAUCAGCCGCUGGGUUUGAGGCCAGGAUGGAGGGCUAAUGGCUUUGCAACUCCCACUAGAUCAGCUUUUCAACAGUCUCCACUGCCCAUGAUUCCGAAUACUCCAAGACAAAAUAGGCAAAAUAGAGGAAGGAUGAAUGGACCUGCGCUUUUGCAGGGGGGUGGUCACACUACAUAUGUCCCGCAUUUGCAUCAUCCAAACCAAUCAGUUACUUCAUCAAAAGAUACAAGCAACCAACAGCGGGCUGGUCAAGCUAGGUAUGUGCCAAAUGGGCGUCUACGUGAGAUCACCAAAGGAUCUGGAAUCUCAUCUGCUGGAGCAGGGGCCGAGGGAUCAGAGAUGUUGAGCACCAAGCUUGCUGCAGCUUCCCCUGAGCAGCAGAAACAGAUACUUGGGGAGCGCCUAUUCCCCCUUGUCCAGAAACACAAGCCUGAUCUUGCUGCGAAGAUAACGGGAAUGCUUUUGGAGAUGGACAACUCAGAACUGCUUUUGUUGUUGGAGUCACCAGAGUCACUGGCUGCCAAGGUGGAUGAAGCUGUCCAGGUACUCAAGCUAUCCAAUGCCAAAGUCUCCGGCCAGGAUGCACUUCAUUCUAGCUACCUAUCAGCUGAGGUUGCAGUCAGCUGAGAAAAGGCAAUUGAGAACACUUUUGUCCAAACACAGGGUUUCAUUGCGGCUCAAGCUCUAAGUGAGCAAGAUUUUUGAUAGUUACCAUCUCUGAGACAUCUCCAUUACUAGCUCUAAAGAACUGCUCUUUUUUAGUCUAUUUAUAUUACAAAACAUAUCUAUUUUUGAGCAAUUAAUAUGACUUGAGGGGAGUUGUUGACAA